GUGACGUCGCGGGCGGUGAUUGGUGGCGGCGCCGGAGGGGGCGGAGCGUGCGCACGCGGCAGCAGCUGUUCUGUUGCGACAGUCGAGGAGCCGGAGCCGGAUCGGCGCGGAAGAGCCGCGGACGCCGCCAGCAGCCGCAACAACAACCCGGCCCCGGCGGGCGGAAGGAAGGGAGGGAGGCAGGGAGGGAGGCGAGAGCGGCGAUGCCGUCGGACCUGGCCAAGAAGAAGGCGGCCAAGAAGAAGGAGGCGGCCAAGGCGCGCCAGAGGCCCAAGCGCGGCCCCGAGGAGAAUGGCGAGGCCGACCUGGAGCACAAGCGCGACUCGGGCGACGCCGACGCCGCAGAGGCGGAGGCGGCGGAGGUGGACGCGGCGGCCCGGGCGCUGGAGGAGUUCGAGCUGAAGAAGGCGGCGGCGCGGGCGGUGACGGGGGCGCUGGCCUCCCACCCCAACAGCACCGACGUGCACAUCAUCAACCUCUCGCUCACCUUCCACGGCCAGGAGCUGCUCAGCGACACCAAACUGGAGCUCAACUCCGGCCGCCGCUACGGCCUCAUCGGCCUCAACGGCACCGGAAAGUCCAUGUUGCUGUCUGCCAUCGGGAAGCGGGAAGUGCCCAUCCCAGAGCACAUCGACAUCUACCACCUGACACGGGAGAUGCCGCCCAGCGAGAAGACGCCCCUGCAGUGCGUCAUGGAGGUGGACACAGAAAGAGCUAUGCUGGAGCGGGAAGCCGAGCGGCUCGCUCACGAGGACGCCGAGUGUGAGAAGCUGAUGGAGCUGUACGAGCGGCUGGAGGAGCUGGACGCGGAUAAGGCCGAGAUGCGGGCCUCCCGGAUCCUCCACGGCCUGGGCUUCACCCCCUUGAUGCAAAGGAAGAAGCUGAAGGACUUCAGCGGGGGCUGGCGGAUGCGGGUGGCUCUGGCCAGGGCCUUGUUCAUCCGGCCGUUCAUGCUGCUGCUGGACGAACCCACCAACCACCUGGACCUGGACGCCUGUGUGUGGCUGGAGGAGGAGCUGAAGACGUUCAAGCGCAUCCUUGUGCUGAUCUCGCACUCCCAGGACUUCCUGAAUGGGGUCUGCACCAACAUCAUCCACAUGCACAACCGCAAGCUCAAGUACUACACGGGCAACUAUGACCAGUAUGUCAAGACGCGCCUGGAGCUGGAGGAGAACCAGAUGAAGAGGUUCCACUGGGAGCAGGACCAGAUUUCCCACAUGAAGAACUACAUUGCCCGCUUUGGUCAUGGCAGCGCCAAGCUGGCCCGGCAAGCGCAGAGCAAGGAGAAGACGCUGCAGAAGAUGAUGGCCUCGGGGCUGACGGAGCGGGUGAUCAGCGAUAAGACGCUCUCGUUUUAUUUCCCCUCCUGCGGGAAGAUCCCGCCGCCCGUCAUCAUGGUGCAGAAUGUGAGCUUCCAGUACAGCAAGAAUGGGCCUUUGAUUUACGCGAACCUGGAGUUUGGGAUUGAUUUGGACACACGGGUGGCACUGGUAGGACCGAACGGAGCUGGCAAAUCAACUCUCCUCAAGCUUCUCACGGGCGAGCUCCUGCCUACUGAUGGGAUGAUCCGGAAACACUCUCAUGUCAAGAUUGGUAGAUACCACCAGCACCUACAAGAGCAGCUGGAUUUAGACCUUUCCCCCCUGGAGUACAUGAUGAAGUGCUACCCAGAGAUCAAGGAGAAAGAGGAGAUGCGCAAGAUCAUCGGCCGCUAUGGGCUGACAGGAAAGCAGCAGGUCAGCCCAAUCCGGAACCUUUCAGACGGGCAAAAGUGCCGCGUGUGCUUUGCGUGGCUGGCCUGGCAGAACCCUCACAUGCUGUUCUUGGAUGAGCCCACCAACCACCUGGACAUUGAGACGAUUGACGCCUUGGCAGACGCCAUCAACGACUUCGAGGGGGGCAUGAUGCUCGUCAGCCACGACUUCCGGCUCAUUCAGCAGGUUGCGCAAGAGAUCUGGGUGUGUGAGAAGCAGACGAUCACCAGGUGGCAGGGAGACAUCCUGUCCUACAAGGAGCACCUGAAGUCCAAACUGGCCGGGGAGGAGCCACAGCUAACCAAGAGGACCCACAACGUGUGAGCUUGGCGGGGCCAGCUGGGGCCACCUCUGGGGACUGGGGGCAAGCCCCUGGCCCGGCUGACCAAACCCACCACCCAGCAGGAACAGACGACUGCGGCUCCCCGGCCCACUCCGGCGCCUCGCAGCCGCUUCUUCCAUCUCUCCUGGCCAAGUGCUUGGAUCAUCUCCUCUCGGCCGCCUCCAGGCUCUGCUGACUGUGUCCCCCUCUGCCUGUGUAGCGGGACGCCCUCCCUGCCCUCUUCAGUUUGUGUGACAGCGCCCACCCCACGCUUGCCUGCCGCCACCCAGGCAUGGAGCGCCUGACUCCCCACUUCAGUCUCUGUACUUUGCUUUCCUUGGGCCUCUGUUAGUUUUAAACAGUUAUUUAUCCAUAUACUUGCCAGAUCUGCCCAAGAUGUUAUGAGUAAAUAAAGAUGAGGGGGGCAGGGAAAG